AUGGAAGGGAAAUUUGUUGUAAAAGAAGGCUGGGCUGUAAAGGAAAGUGGACAAGCAGUGCUUGGACAGACAAACUGGAGAAAGCGAUGGUGUCAACUUGUAAGAGGUUCACAGGGAACAUUCUGGUCUUACUACAGGUAUCAUAGACUACAUAAUAAGCUUUGCUGAAAACAAGUAUUAAUAUUUAACGAAUCUUGAAAGUUUACAGCAAUUAUCUCGAAGACAACGUUAUUAAUAUUCAUGUCAACGUGAUAAACGCGUGAGAGAACCGGCUGCAUGCGUGGCUCGGCCAUCCUAUUUAGUUGGCUAACAGUUAGCUUAUCUUUAGCGGACUUUGGACCACUGGCGCUGCUCUCCUACUGUCUUUGUUGUUGUAAAGCUUUUGUUCCAUUAUUCAUGGAGUUUGCAUUGAAAAUAAUAUUCAUGCUGGCAGGUAUUUUUAUCAAACAGCUAGUUUUGAAAUUUAAAAGCUUAUUUUAUACACUAAACAAAUUUUGCCCCUGCAGGUUUUGCCCUCUGAGGAGGUCUGAGGAAGCACCCUCCACAUAUAGUGUUAAUCACUCUAAUUCAGGGACAGACCAUUAGACAACUUUUGUAGGGGGAGGGAGUACAAAAAAACUACAUUAGAACCCUGGUAACCCACACUCUGAAGGGAAAUGAAGUUGGAGUUAGCAAGGGUUCAAGUUGAUAGGGUCAAUUGCAAAAUUCAAUCUGCCAUAUUAAAAAUUUGUAGUUUCUGAUUUUUCAGCACUUUGGGGUAUAGUGAAGUGUAAAUUUAACUUAUUUUAUCAGAAACGGCAGCAUGAUUUAAUAUAGGCAUUUUUCAUGAGGAAAUGUGAUCUGUUCGUCGGACCAAUUAAAAUCAAAUAAUUUGAUGUAGUGUUGACCAGUGUUAGUUUAAGUGUUGUUACCGACUAUACAAAAAGCUAAUGGGAUGGCAUCCAAGUGGAGCAGAAUUCGAGUUAUAAGGUAAAUUUCAGUGAAUUUUUGACUAAGGGAAAUGAAACUUAGUUCAAGUUAGUGGGGAAUUUGAGUUAACCGAGUUUUCGAAUUAACCAUAAGGGAAAUUAAAAUAAGAUGAAAAAAAAGUUCAUGCUUGCAUGCCAAGUAACCCUUAAAAAACAUCAUGCACUGGCCUAAAAAUGCAAGACAGAUGUUAACUUAAAAAAAUUCAUGUGGCUCAAAACUUCUUCUGCCCCAAAGUAGUUUUAGAUAACAUAAAAAUGGUCUUACCGUCCACCUUGGAGACAGAGAACUUCUCAUUCUAGAAAAAGGUUUUUUUUUAACUGAAAAGACUUUGCCAAGAAUGAUUUGCACACACUAUGGAUGCACAGAUGAUAACAAAUGAAUCAUUCCCCUACUAUCUGGUAGCAAAUUCAUAAAAGGUUUUCUCUUUUGGUUAUGUUGUAAAACCACUAACUGGUAAAUGUUUCUACUAUUUUAGAAAAAUGGAUGAUAUUGCUCUUGACCAACCUGCUGGAAGAAUAGAGUUGGAUUCAACUUGUAAGAGUUUGUGGAUAUUAGGAAUAAAAAACUAACAGUUUCAAUCCUUGACAUCUGAAUACAGUUGGACCUCCCAGAAGUGACUACCCAAAACAUUAAAUUUAGUGGUCAGGCAUGGGAGGUAGUUGCUUAAAACAGUCAAACCACACGGGAUCUUUGAAACAGACCUUAAAACUCUAUGGGACUAUAGCAAAUUCAACUUCGUCGUAUAAGCAUAUAGGAACUUACACUAUGAGCGAUGUGAUGGAUUCAGCAAAUGGCAAACUAGACCCAUCCAAAUAUGGUGAAUUAGGCUACCCUAAAAAUCCUAAGAGGAAGGAUUUUUAUGAAAUAUUGCAACACUCGAUUCAAAUUUCGAAACAAAACAAUAUAGAGUAUAUCUUGGCAUAUGGUAGUCUCCUAGGAGCGAUGCGAGAUGGUGAUGUCAUUCCCUAUGAUUCAGACAUCGAUGUUCUCGUUGAUCACAAUUAUUUUUCAAUCCUUAAAAGGCUUUCAGUAAAGACAUAUACUUUUUGAAGGAGAAUUUGCUGCAUGCAAUUUUUAACUUACAAUAUGUUAAGCUCCUGGUUGUCACUAUUAAAAAUGUUCUUUGUAUACUCUGAGUAGCAUGGUACAUACAGGGAAUAUAGAAUGUAUCAGACCAGUGGUUGCUUACAAGAGGUUAAAAACAUUAUUGAAUAUUUUAAAGAAACGUUUCUCCAAAAAGUGGUUGUGGUUGCUUACAAGAGGUCUUAGGUUUUGAGAAGUUCAAUUAAAAUCCAUGAUAGUAAUGUGACUGGGAAAAUUUUGGUGUUUUGGAUAGGUGGUUGCAUUCUAGGGGUGGUUACACAUGGAGGUUUGACUGUAGCCUGCGUAGGAGGCGCUAGGAAAUGUAGCCGCUAGGACACGCACGCGUUUUUUCUUGCGCCCAUUUAUUUCCUAGCGCCUGCUACGCAGGCUAGUUCGACUGUAGCUUUGAAUGAGCUCUGUUUUGAUUUAAACAGGAAAUUUAUCUCUGUAGUGGCUGCCAACAGACAUAAUAAUUAUGGCUCUUGGGAGACAAUUGAUAAUUGAUAAUUUAUUGAUAAAUAAGUACACAAAGCACAAGUUAACGAUAAUAAGAUGAACUUCCCAAGAAUUUGUCCACAGAUUACUGGAAAAACCAUAUUACAUGUUUGCAUUUAUUAACUCUGGGAAGAAAAGGGUUAAACUCAAACAAGCAAUAGAAUAGUGAAGGGCUUGGAACUUUUUCUCGGCUGGUUUUGACAUGAUGACCUGACUUAUUGAGUUGGUGGAUACUAUGGUCAAGAUUUGUUUAUGUUUGUCGCUUUUUUUUUGGUUUUCAGUUCUAUCCCUUUUCCUCAGCCCUUGAAAUACUUCAAUUUUAUUAGUGAGUUGAAAAUCAUUUUAUCUGAAAAACAACAAGUCAUUGUUUAAAGCUCAGUCUUUAUUUUUUUCCAGAUGCUGCACGUGAGCUUGAAGAAGGAGAGAGGAAAAAGAAGCCAAACUGCUUUGCUCUAGGACCAGUAUUUGACAACUUUGCCAGGAGAACAUACUACAUUAGCUGUGGUGAGUUAUUAACAAAAUUAAACUAUACUGUUCACCACCUAUUGCCCAAUAAUUGUUAAGUGAAUAUAAUAUAUUUCAGUGUAAGAAUGUAGGGGUUUUUAAAAGGCAGGAAAAUACAAGCAUUUAAGUCAUGAACUUGCAAGAACUUGAAACUUGCUAUACAAGCAUAUCACCCCUAGUAAAAGUUUAUUUUCAACAAAAAGUGGAUUGUAUUAACCCUUGUAAGUUACUAAAUGACAAACAUUUAAGGAAGGUGUUGUCAAUGCUGUCAUUUAAACCCAUCAAUAAUAGAUGGGUGUGGAGAAGGUGCCUGAUGAAACAGAAGGGGGCUGCAAGUGAUCCUAGAAGGUAACGAUGACAACCCUGAGAGGGGCACCCACCAGGCACCGUCACACUGAGAACCUUAGUGGAAAAAGGUGCAGAUACUUACCAAAAAUAGCAUCCAGAGAGGAGGGAGGGUUGGGGACAAAAAACAACUACAACUACUGCAUGCAAAAGCAACAUGAGCAAAAUGAUUGACUCCUGCGAAAGGGCUAUAAAAUCACUAGGGCCCUGCUAAACCCCAAGACUGCCGCACAUUCAAUUAGUGGUGGAGACCUGCUGGCCAACAUUGUCUCGUGUUUAACCUCGCCUUAAUUAUAUUUAAACACAUUAAACUUAAACCUGUCAUUGGCCCUUCUACUCUUGACUAGUAAGCUGGAUUCUCAAGCCCUGAAGAUGUCUCUGAGAUUUCUCUUCUUUUUAACUAAAACCAGUGAGAAUGGGGUCAGCUUCCUCUCUGUGUUGUAUGUGUUUGGAGGCCAACUGUGACAUAAUUUUUAAGGAAAAACUAAGAUUUCCUAGUAACCAACGGCAAAAGUAAAGUGCUUAGGUCAUGAACUGCUGCUAGAGCACAGCCAUGCCAAAAAGUAGGUUCUCCUCGUGCAUCCUAUUAAAUAUAGACACCUUAAAAUUUCAAAUUAGAGCUUCCUGAUCUCUUUAUUUCUAUGAAUUGUAAUUUCUGGAAAAUAUUCUGUUAAACAUAAAGCUACUGUAGUAUUGGCUUAGCCUGACAGCAUUAUAAUAGUAUUUCAGCUGGCAUAUUGUCUAUUUUCCAGAAACUAUGGAUGAGAAACUUAGCUGGAUGGAAGUGUUAAAUGCUUCAACAGAAUCUCAAACAGGGAAUCAAGAUAAAUUUGAAAGGGGGAGAAAAAGUGUCAGACAGAGGCUAAACAGAAGAGUGAGUAUGUGACCUCCUUAUAAACCAUAUUACAAGGGACCUUAAGCAAAAAUGUUUUAUUAUGUCAUAAACAACAAAUAAAUGUCCGAAUGCAAUCAGUUUAGUGAGCAAAACAACAUCUUGGUAUUGACAUGAAGAGAUCGAAGUUUGAAUUGAUUAAGUCUACUUCAUUUCAAAUGUCGGAACUUCCCUUGUGCCGAACCUAAUGCAUAAAUGUCUGAAUCAGCCAUUGAAUUUGUGUCAUUUUAAUCAACCUAAAUACAAGGUAUGAAGUUCAGUACAUGAAAAAAUCGAUGUUUGAACUAGGCCUAAGACUAUCUGUAAAUUAUCAACAAAAAGCAAGAUAUUCUGAGUGGAGUUAUUUUCAUUCAAAUCCUAAGAACAUUUUUAUACCGUAAAAGCUCGUGUAUAAGCCGCACCUUUUUGCCGAAAUUUUGAGUCAAAAAUCGCGGUUGCGGCUUAUACACGAGACCAUUGCUCUCAAAGGGAGUAAACUGGCUUGUAGGGGUCACAAAUUGAACUGAAAACCUUCAGUAAAUAAAGAUUAAACAUAUUGAAACCUGUCGUUGAUCAUUGCUUUCAGUAGAAGUGGUGGCUCCUAAAGGAGCCGUUUGUUUGCAUCUGCAGGUUCUAUACCUGAAUCUUGCUAGCCAGUAGUUCUUUUAAGCGUUUCAUCUGCGCUUUGUUUGAACAGUUAAACUCUAACUGGCACGGAAUCUCCAUUCCUCCGCACAGCUGCUUACAGUGUCGUCUGCGACCAAUCACCUCAACGCUGAUUUCCCCACUACGUGCAAGAAAAUACCACGUUAUUCGAGAGAAUUCGCGAGGCAAAUGGCCGACCGUUUCGUCGUCCUUCACUACUUUCACGGCGUGUUUGUCCAUUGGGUUGUUAAACUCUCGUUUAGCAACAAGCUUUUCCCCGAUCGAUGGUUUCCAUACGUCUUUAUAACAUGAUAUCCACGCACAGCUGAUGCGAAAGCGAACGUUUCCGCGUGGUUACUAAGCAAUCGUUUUGUAGCAUUCUCCAGCGCUUUAUUUUCGUUCCAUCGUUCCAUUUUCAUUUCAACUGUGGGCUUUAGCAAUGAAGAGAACUGUUGUCUUUCCUCAAGUUUAUUUGUGAACAUUUUGAUGCGCGAACAAACGAUCACCUUUUUUACAAAAGCGCAUUUUUGUUUUUUUGUUUUUUUUCAAAAUCAUGCUUGAAAGUUGGGGGUGCGGCUUAUACACGAGUUUUUACGGUAUAUAUAUUGAUAUUCAAUUGCUUAACAUAAAAUUUUCCUGUUGGGGCUGGAAUCAGUGGUCUGCCAUUUUGCCAGUCCACUGACCUCAACAAGUGUAUAGUUGAAUUUUUAAUACUUAUGGUCAAAUGUUGAUAAAAUUUUUUGUUUUUUUGUAUGCUAUUCAGUCCAGAGGUGGAAACAAAAAGGAAGUUGAUGAGCCACAGGAAAGCAUAUCGUUAGAUCCCCUGCAAAGAAUGAAAGUAAGUUCACAUUACGUUGGCCUUGUUAAAAUUAAUUUCCUACACAUUUUAAAGAAUCAGCACACAGACCAUUCCACAUGGCAGUUAAAACCCACUAACAGAACUGGUUUAUUGUCAAAAAAAUAGAUUUUUUCGGGACAAAGAUAAUAACUGUGCUUCUAUUAGAAUUUGAAUCCAUUACAAACUAUGAGCCACAUAGCUAUGGAGAAAAUACUUGUUUUAUUAAGAAUAUUAAUGAAAAUGUAACAAUAUUAUUUUCCAAAUUAGUCUAUUUAACAAAAUUAGAGUCCUUUUUUUUUUUUCACUUUGUUUAGUAAAUAUUAAUGAGUUUAAGAUGCCACAAUGGCGACGAUGGCAAAAACAUCACUCAAAAUGUGACUGUGCAUUCUAUGAAACUUCAGUGGGAUUAUCCCAACUCCCUCACUUUGUCCAAUGUAGGCAAACUUUCCUGGAGUUAAUUCUUAAGAAAGCUAUUCAAGUUUAAAGAGAGAAAGAGGAAUUCGCUGUCAUACGUUUUUCAAUUCAUGCCGUAGUCAUGCAGUGACGGCCAAGAAUAGUACAAAAAAGCGUGAUGCACAUGCAAGUUGUUGUUUUGCUUCCCUGAACCUAUUACUUUUUUCACAUUCUCAUUUUCCUCGUCGUAGUGACAUCUUAAACUCCCCAUUGUUAUAGAUCACAGAUGAUGUCAAAAUGUGAUAAAAACAAACAAAUGGGAAAUGAGACUCGGGCUCAAUGGUGUGCAGGAUAACCCAUACCCGGUCAUACCCAAGAAAACCCACCUGGUUCGCUCAUUUGGAACAGUGCUGGCCUGCCAAGUGGGUGGUCAUGGGUUCAAACCCCAGCCAGACCACUAACCACGGUCAUAAAUUGGGCGAUUCCAGAAAAUAUCCAUACCAUACCACGGACGGUUUUUAGGAUUUCCGAAGGGGAGGGGGGGUUCACGAUUAUGGAAUUCUGAGGGCAUGGGGGGUAUUUGCGAUUGGAAAUCCGAAGGCAUGGCGGAAUUCCACAGGUGGGAUUUCUGGAGUAGAAAGUGUAGAGUGAGUUCCUUGAAAACGCUAUUGUUGUGGACUUUGGUAGUUCGUAAAUAAACCACGAACGUAUGACCGCGGAAGCAGAAGACAAGCAUCGAUAGAUCAGACACGUGUUUACGCUCAUAAGUUAUAGAAGUGAACAGUAAAACGUGGGUUUCACAUUAACCUUGAUGAAUUUCUUGUCACAUGAAAAAAAAAACGGAAUAUGUAUCUUACUGCUUGCAAGUUUCUUGUUACUCCAGUCCGAUGAACAGUAAAAAAAAAUCGCACCAGUCCCUGGCUUCCAAGGAACGCCUGUCAGAUUAGAACACUUUUCGUGCACACUACAUGACGUAUAAAAGGACGCAACACGCCUCGACGGUAUGGGUGACCCGAAAACACUGACCCCGGGUCCAUGGGCCCCCCUACGGACCGGGUCCAUGGACUACCUUGCGGACCGGUCAGCGGACCCCCUCUACGGACCCCCUCUACGGACCCCCUUUAAAACGCAUUAAAAAAUAAAAAUAAACAUUUGACUUUUAAACAUAUUAAACUGACCGUGUGCAUGUCGUGUCGGCGAAAAUUGACGCUGACUUAGACUUCCAUAAGAAUAAUACAGAUCUGUAAUAUUUUGUAAAUAUUGCGAGGAUCGGUCGAACUUCGUUCGUGUUGUUUGUGUCAUUUGUGCCUCCGCCAUUUUGCUCGGCCUAGUCUCCCGUUCGCAAUCACGAACUCGACCCAGGCUUCACGAAAAACCACGCGACUUCUCUCCUGCGCCAUGGCUGCACGGUAAGAUUCUUGAAUAUUAAUCACCUUUGUCCUUUUGUUUUUUUUGGCCAUCUGCAUUUAUUUACACCUAGAACCGAUUGCAAACAUAUAUUUAUUCCUUUUAGGAGAAAAGGCGGAUGUUUUGAAAUAUCAAGUGAUGAGGUGAGUUGAUUUUAAACGAUGCACUGGUUAGCCACAAAUAUCCGAUUUUAAAAUCAGUAAAAUAGAGCAGCGAAUUACCUACUUUCGGAUUUUUUAAUGUUUGAUUUUAAUUGUGAUUACAUGACAAUUGUUUGUUGGAACGCGGGAGAAUUAUUCAUUGUACAUAGCAUUUUUUUAACAAAUUAAAAUACAAAGGUAGUCAGCUGAAUAAGCUUAUAUUGUAUAAACAAAAGGAUAAAGGUGAUUAAUAUUCAAGAAUCUUACCGUGCAGCCAUGGCGCAGGAGAGAAGUCGCGUGGUUUUUCGUGAAGCCUGGGUCGAGUUCGUGAUUGCGAACGUGGGAGACUAGGCCGAGCAAAAUGGCGGAGGCACAAAUGACACAAACAACACGAACGAAGUUCGACCGAUCCUCGCAAUAUUUACAAAAUAUUACAGAUCUGUAUUAAUUCUGCGGAAGUCUAAGUCAGCGUUCGAAUUUUCGCCGACACGACAUGCACACGGUCAGUUUAAUAUGUUUAAAAGUCAAAUGUUUAUUUUUAUUUUUUAAUGCGUUUUAAAGGGGGUCCGUAGAGGGGGUCCGCUGACCGGUCCGCAAGGUAGUCCAUGGACCCGGUCCGUAGGGGGGUCCAUGGACCCGGGGUCAGUGUUUUCGGGUCACCCCGACGGUAUAUUUGACCACUGAAAGAUUUUAACGGUCUGAAUUUGAGCUAUUUUGCUUUGUAAACGUCAAAACAGCACAAGAAAACAAAGAGGAGUAAAAUUGCCGUUAGUGGUGUUUAUUUUUAUUGCCAAAUUCGGUAGGUUAGAGUCUGAAAGCUUGUCGCCUGGCACCGCUAGAUCACAGCCUUGAGGAGGCAUAAAGUCAUGUUCGUUUGUUCAUAUAGGCGUUGCUAAGUUGAAAAUGUACUUCCAAAAAAACGGAAAUUCUGAAGGGGAGGGGGGGUUCACGAUUAUGGAAUUCUGAGGGCAUGGGGGGGUAACGCAUUUUGGAAUUUCCGAAGGCAAGGGGGGGAUAAAACAUGGAAGCCGUCCGUGGUUGGGUAUGGAUAUUUUCUGGAAUUGCCCAUUUCUGGAAAGAUCAUUCUGGCUGUGAUCGAAGGCCUGUGUCAGCUCAGAUGAUCCCAUGACUGGCUGUUCAAUGACAUUAGUCUCUUUCAUCCUUUCUUAUCAAUGACUGAAUCAUUUGAAGCAGAUCCCACACUGCUGUUCAAAAAAAGAGUAGGGUACAUAGACCCUGGAUGUGUGACACCUAGCUCUCUCAGUCGGGAAGGGAACUGUUACAGGCCUGCAUCAAUUAGCUUCAUUCUUUUGCAGAUACCCUGCCAAGAAUUGGCAGAGCUUUCUUUUAGCCCUGUAAUAAUUUAACAAUUAAUUUUGCUUUACUCUGUUAACCCAUUCGCCCCUGAACUGCCCGUAACCGCCCGUGCGGAUCCAGGUCCUUUCUACCCUUUGUGACGUCAUCAGUUUUAACGGUCAAGGACAACUUUCUUCGCUAACUUGUGCAGAGUGAAGAGAUCUUUCAAACCAUACCAGAAUGAGCACAAUUCAGUCAAGGACACCGGAGAAAGAAUCAAAAAACCACGUGACAAGGACCUGAAAAUCUCCAUGAAAAUCUUGUUCCAUUACCCACCUACCUUUCCUUUCACCUAAUCCUAAGAUCCUAAAAGCUUUCCUAAAAACUCUUCCCACCAAAAUGAAGCCUACUAAAUGCCCAGCAAGAGAAAAAAAAAAUGAGGCAAGAAAAGCAAAAAAAGAAGGGAGGAGAGAAAGCGAAAAGUAAAAGUCAAGACUGCUGUGUCACUUUUAAACCCAAAAACUAUGUCGAAAUUUUGCUUUCUGCGCAUGCCCGAACUUCGCAAGCUGAUAUUUUGCAUCUGGAUCAGAAGGCUGCCAAGUGUACGACCUGUAAACCGGUUUGUGGUAAGUUUUAGCUCUUUAUAGCACUACAGUGACCAGAAAACCACUCGACUAGCUUCAAAACGCGUUUUUCGGCAAAAUCUCCAGGAGCGAAUGGGUUAAUGUCUAUUGUUGACGUGGUUUUUUUUUUGUAGUAUUGUAAAUGUAAUUAUUUAAUGUGAUUAUCUAUAAAUACAUUAUAAAUAAAAAAAAAAGAAUUGGCAGAGCUAAUAAUUAAUAGUUAUUAGAAUGUAGAUAAAAGAGAAUGCUCUCUCUUAUUUUAUGACAUAAAGGAGAUUUUGUCAAGUUCUGGCCACAUAGACUUGUCUUUGUUUAAUUGCAGCAGUGGGCAAAGCUUUGCCAAAUCAUCAAUUGCCAAGAAUGGAAGAAAGCCGACAGCAAGAAUGGAGUA